UUCAGUGAAGUGCGACAAGCAUUGAGCGGAUCACGAGUGUUCGGUUCUCAGCCGCAGUUCCCAGGCGGCAGCGCCUGAAGUAAAGGCUAAAGAUUGAGCAAGAUGGUGAAAUAAACAUGGAGAUGGACGAUAAGGUAUCGGGGCCAGGGGGAGUGGCGCAGAAGAACUGGACACACACGAACGCCAGUUCCCCCCUCCCGCUGGACAUGACCUUCAACCAUGGGCACGUGGUGCAGAUCUGCGUGUACAGCGUGCUGAUGGUGGUGUCAGCCACGGGGAACCUAACUGUGCUGACGCAGCUGGUGAAGCGGAGGCGAGCGGGCCGCGCCAGCAGGCUCGAUAUGCUGCUGAUGCAUUUGGCUAUCGCUGAUCUUAUGGUGACAUUCCUUAUGAUGCCGCUGGAGAUCGCGUGGGCGGGCACCGUGCAGUGGCUGGCCGGCGAUCUCAUGUGCCGCCUCAUGAUGUUCACGCGCACCUUCGGCCUCUACCUCUCCAGCUUCGUGCUCAUCUGCAUCGCCGUUGAUAGGUGAG